UACAAUGUACGGUUACUCACCUAAUUAUCUUUUAACUAUAUUUUAAUAUAGGAGAAAAUCCCUUCAAUGCCAUUCAAAUUUAUACUAAUCCUUUCAAUGCCAUCAGAAUUUAUAGCUUCCCUUCAAUGCCAUCAAAUUAAAAUUUUAAUCCGUUGAAUGCCAUUACCGUUAGUUUGGAGCUAACACCGUUAGUUCAAUUUAAAGUCAAUCUCUCCAAUGGCACUAAAAUCUAUACUGAUCCCUUCAAUGCCAUUAGAAAUUGGUUCGAUUUAUUUGGGGUUUAAAAAUUGCAGAAUCAAAAAAUAUGGAUCAGAUUUUUAAAAUUCCACAAUUUUUAAAAACUUCAGCACAUACUUAAGUUUUUAAAAAUAAACUGAUAUAUCGAAGUAAUUUUGGGGUUUAAAAAAAGUAUGUACUUAAGUUUUUAAAAAUCCUGGAAUUUUAAAAAUCUGAUCCAUAUUUUUUGAUUUUGGAAUUUUUAAACUCUAAAUAUAUCGAACCAAUUUCUAGUGGCAUUGAAGGGAUCAAUAUAGAUUUUAAUGGCAUUGGAGAGAUUGAUUUUAAAUUGAACUAACGGCGUUAACUCUAAACUAACGGUAAUGACAUUCAAGGGAUUAAAAUUUAAAUUUAAUGACAUUGAAAGAAAGCUAUAAAUUCUGAUAGCAUUGAAGAGAUAGUAUGAGAUUUUCUCUUAAUAUAGAGAAUCAAAGUUAUAUCAAACGGUAUUUUAACGGUCUCCCCUACCUCUCUAGACAACCGAAACAGCCCUCCCUACCGAAACAGCUUCUCAUGUUGUACAUGCCCUAAAACUGAUUGCACAUCGGUCGUUGAAUAAAAGGGCAAUCAUCUCAGCGCAGAGCUCGAGCCCGCAGCCUGCCAUCACCUACCAAAUCCGGCGGGCGUCCAGCGGAUCUCCAUCUGGUCGGCGUGGAUCGGAUCUUCGGUGGUGUUUCUCGUCUUCACGGCGAUUAGUGGCGGCGAGCCGACCACGUCCCCGCAGCAGCAGUCAGCGGCGGCUUGACGCGGUCGGACGGGUACCUCUAGUUGGCAUCAGCGAGUGGGCGCGGGGCGCCGCAAGUCUCACCGUCCGCUGGUGUAGAGGCCCCGAGUCUCGGCGCUAUGGAGUGUAGGCCGCGUGUCUCCGCUUAGGGAGGGCCAGGGGUCAACAAAGGGACUUGUCAAGUGACAACAUCGCGGCCUUCGGGUGUUGGAGGUGUCCGGCCUGUUGGUGCCGUACCACAGGAUUGGUUCAUUAUUUGUGGGAGAUCUAUAUUUGUCUUACCAUUCUGUUCCCGCUUCUAGUCCCCAAAUCUUCACGGGCUUUGCCAGAUCGCUGGCCAUCUCCUUGGCAGCCGCUUCCGCUGUCGCCAGCCAUCACCAACCUGCGCCUCAUAGUGGAGCCCAGGAAAGGCGGUGGGACUGAGCGAGGGAAGAGGAGAUGACUAGCUUGUCGAUCACGGUGAUGACGCUGAACCUGCAUGAAGGCGAACAGCCGAGCGAGAGCCCCAACAGCUGGGAGAAGCGCCGGGACAUCUGCGUCAGCGUCAUCACCAGCUACUCUCCCACCAUCCUUUGCACCCAGCAAGGCUUAAGAUGGCAACUGGACUACCUACAACAGUGCUUGCCGGGUAAUUCAUCCACUCCACACUGUUUUCUACUCAUCUUUGCCUGCUGUCUUGACUACUGUUUGAUAAUAGUGAUGCAACUUAUGCAUAACUAGAAAAGACACCCUGUGUGUUGCAGCAGUUGUUAGAAAUAAAUUGUUGCAUGCAUAGGUUAGACCUAUCCAGAUCUACUCGGAACCAGCCAAGCUAAUGGAAGAACCCAUAGAAAAAGGAUAAUAAAAUAUUAUAGAGCGCGUUAUAGUAGGAUGUGAUGUCCAAACCAUGGUUUUUGAGGCCCUGUGGUGAGGCGCGGCACCCGACCCUCCCUGACAAUGCCUAGGUGUUUAUGUUGGAUGCCUAGGCGACACCAUACUCACAUUUUAGGCGUCAUAAAGGUGUUAUGUAGACUAGAGUUUUAGAUACUAGUGCAGCACAUAUAUGCCUUGUUUGUUCUCAAUUCUUGAGCCUAACACAUACUAGUGCAGCUAAGACAGAGUACACACACUAUUCCAGCUAAGAGCAGAGUACACUCACCAGUCCGUGAGCAAAGGCAGAGCAAAGAGUACAAAAGCGGCAGGUGGUUGGGAGAUUUGGGAGACCAGAGCAGAUGAGGUGGCAGGCAGCUAGGAGAUUCAGGAGACCAGAACAGAUGAGGUGGCAGAGGGCUGGGGGAUUUGGGGGACUAGAACAGAGGAGGUGGUAGGGGGCGUACACACUUACUAGGCAGACAAGCAGCAGGUGUGGACCGGCGACGGUGAUGGCGAGAGUCUCGAAGCGGGCAGGCAGGUGUGGUGCGACGGGCCGACGACCUCGGGCAUUUAGGCUGGUGAGCAGCAGGUUGUGACAGCGACCCAGAGGAGCAGCUUGGCAGAGAUUUAGGGUGUGUCUGGUUCGACGUACAAGAAUGGAUGGAAGGGGACAACCACAUUUUCUAUAGUGUUUGGAUGAGAGUCACACGGGGGCGAGGUGAACACCGGAGCAAUUUUUGAUGGCGUCGUGAUCCCAAAAAAUCGAGAGGACGGUGUCACCUCCGCCUCAUCCUACUUUGACCUCAAACCAAACACAUCCUUAGAGCCGCAAUCGCUGCUCAGAGCUCCUGGUCCACCCGCUGCCUUCACCUUUCUCCGUGAAGUUGCGCGCACCUGCACUAGAUGUCUCCGACCGGUCUUUUUCCUGCUUGAAUAGCAUAUAUGUGGCAAUGCUCACACUUUUCCCUUGUAGCACGGAUCAUAGUCACAAUGUUUUCAGGUCGACAGGGUCGAGGUACAGCCGUACAGGAUCGUGGAACAUGGUUAUGAACAGUUUGGAAUCUCAAGAAAAGGCUCACAGGACAACACUGAUGAAUACUGCACAAUAUUCUAUGAAAAGGAGAAGGUGGAGCUUACUGAAGGUGGCACUUUUUGGUUGUCGGAAUCACCAUCGGUUCCAGGAAGCAUUUCAUGGGGAGCAAAGGCACCCUGCAUUGCAACAUGGGCAGUUUCAACUCAAAAGACUAGAACCACCUGGAUUCAGUUUCCAGAUCGUAAAUACAAAUCUUGAUGAAGUUAGCCCUCGUGCUCGACGAAGAAGUGCUUUACUUACAUGGCAACAUAUAGCAUCGCUGCCACCCAAUUUGCCUGUUAUCUAUUGUGGAGGCUUCAAUACACAGAAGGAAUCUAUGACUGGGCGGUUUUUGCUUGGCAGAUCCAGAGAACAUGGUGUUGUUGGUGAUAUGAGAGAUGCUUGGCCAAAUGCUCGAGUGCGAAAAAAUGUUUCACUAAUACACACAUAUCAUGGAUUUAAAGGGGAGAAACAAGGUGCCCUGGAAUUUCUUAAAUUGAUAUUUAGAGCUCUUUGCCUCUGCUGGGAUCGACAGACACAGGACUUGCAUAUCGACUGGAUCUUGUUUAGAGGACGCCCAUUGGUUCCUGCACUUUGUGAGGUCAUUAAUGACAAUAUAGAUGGUGUUUAUCCGUCGUCGCACUUCCCUAUCUUUGCCGAGUUUUUGCUUCCACGCUCAGUCCGCCUAGCUGAGACACCUUCAUAGCUAUUGUGUCAAUUUUCUGUUCUAUUUUUCCCAAUCUUAUUUUGAUUACGGCUGAUUGUUUCUUUCGACCACUUCACCAUGAUCUUGCGGUAACCCCCCUUUACAACCAUUGUUGGGUUUCUUUCUGUUAUCCCAUUCCGCAAAACAAGACAAUGCACAUGUGCAUCCUUGUAUGUUUCCUGUCACUAGUCCCUAUUAUGUGUUCGCCUUAGCUUUGUUAUCUUCUUAAAGUUCACUUUUUCCUUAUGUCAUUGAUUUUUAGACUGUCAUAUAUACCGUGUAUAUAUAUGGUAUGAAUAUGUUGUCAUGUAUAGUCGGCCGAUCCUUGUAUAUGUUAUACCGUUAUAUAUGAAGUGUGUAUAGAGAUAUUGGGAGAUUUCAUUUGGUUCUGUUUCCAUAAACCAUGAGAUCUCUCCUCUCUUUA